AUUUUUCAAUCAGUCUGUCUUCUGUCAUUCCGAUUGACGUAGCCCAUAGUUAUUAUUUUACAAAUAAAUUAAGUGAAAUAUAAAAUUAAUUUAUUACUAACUUAUAAACCUCUAUCAGCCUGUAAAAUAUAUUGUAAGAUUUGCCUGGUUACAGUAGAGGUGAAUGAAUAAAAAUUACCAAAAAUGGUUACUUGUUUAUAAAAAUCUAUAGUACAUAAUUUUUGAGUAGAUUCUAAAUGACCUGGUGAGGUACUUUAAACCAUGGAUUUAUUAAAAACUCCAUCUGUUCAGUCUUUAUUAGACUCUGACUUGGAAUCUGUAGAAAGUCUUCAGUAUUUGGAUAUUGAAGAGCUUGAUGAGAUUGAAUAUGCUUUGCCAGCAAGUGAAGCUCCUACACUAGCUGAAGUGUUAUCCACUGAGGAGGAAGAAAUUCAAAGUAAUGAAACUAAAUGUGUUGAAGACCCGGCUGCUUGCUCAGCCCUACAAGUAGAGUUUUUGCAGGGCAUAUCACAGCAGCUGUUACAAGCACAAGAUCGCUCAUCAGCUGGUGCCGCUACUGCACUUAGUGUGGGAAACGAUUCAAAAUUGACUGUCGGGACGGCACAUGGCAAUCUACUGUCAUUUCAAGAACAAACUUUAAGAUGGGUCUGUGAUUCAAACACAGACAGAGGAGCUGUAUCAUGUCUAGCAUAUAAUCAAGAUUGCACUCGACUUCUAGCGGGCUAUGCAAGAGGGCUUAUAUGUCAAUACGAAAGUGUUCAUGGGACUAUACUUCGACGAGUGACGUUGGGAGGGGAAUUGUGGGGUACAUUACGUGUCACGUGGGCAGGGACGUCUGGUCUGGCCCUCGACACUGGUGGAUCUGUUUGGCUUAUUAAAUUUUCGCGGCCUCUAGGAGUGCGAUCUGCACGUUCUUCAUGCCUGUUUUCUGGAGCUCGAGGAGAGGUUGUAGCAAUGGCUGCGCGAGACGCUCGCAUAUUAGCACUUGCAACGCUAUCGCGAGUUAUUAUAGUGGCAGGAGGCCGGGCUGCGGGAUUAAAACUAACUGGCCCUCCGGAUACUCUCCCAGUUCUAGAGUGGAGCGAAACAGACGAGCGGGUAUUAGUAUGUGGACGUUCUAAAACUCUACAAUGGCUUUCACUGACCAUCACCGGAUCAUCUAUAUGUUUGAAACCAAUCCGGAGAGUCGAACUGAUGACAACUCCAUUAUGGCUUGGCUGGUUAGGAGGUAAUCUCGCUAUUUUCGACUCUGAUGAAAAUUUAAGGUUAUGGGGGGAUGACUAUGAUAAGCCUUUGGAUCUUUCACAUAUGGAACCAGUUUACGCAUCAUCUUUUUUCAAGGGUCACUGGACUGACGGACGUGUAUCUCGUGCGAUGUGUACGGCAGGAGUAAGCGCUCUCGGCGGCGCGUGCGUGUCGGCCGGUACGCUGUCUUUGUUAGGGCGGCGUGGCAUCGUCCGAGUACGACCGAGGCACCUACUUGCAAGGGCACAAGCGUUCUUAGCUUCUGGGCGGCACCUGAAUGCAUUACGUCUUCUCUGUUCUGCACAGGGAGCAGAAGCAAAGUCCGUAGCUUACCAAUUUAUCGACAACAUUUCUGAAAGACCCUAUAUUUUGACUAACAAACAAGUUGCCGAUCAAACUGUGAAGUUGUGCUUAAAAUAUAAUUUGAGAGAUGAAUUGUGGUCUCGUUUAUGGGAGCAGUGUUCCGAUGAAAAAGCAUUCGUCGAAGCAAUAGCCGAGGCAACAGCUCGGGGAGAAUUAUCAACGGUUGAGCUAUCGCCCGCGCCGGAUUCUACUCAGGCACUUAUUGAGAAGCUGGCGGAGUUUGAACCAGACCUUGUAGAGCGCGUCAUAGCGUCGCUACCCUUGACGUCUAUUGACCCGCACCGUGCGAGUGUCCUCACGAGGGAGAAGGGCUUGUGGCGGGCGGUGGGUGCCAUCGCUGCUGCACUUGCCCAAGAAUGUAAAGAACGGUGGAAGAAUAUUCGAUGUAGUUACAGCAAAAACAAGAAAAGGCUAGAUUUGCCAUCUGGAUCAGGUGCAAAGACGAUUAAAGAGUACUACCUUUCACCACAUCUACAUUUUUUAGACAAUUACUUGAAGUCCCGACCAACCAAAAGCAAUCUAAGCAAAUAUGAUUGCACAGACGGUAAUGAUAGUGAAGAAGUCGAUGAGACACUGUUUACUGGUCAACUAGCUUCUGAAAACACAAAUUCGGAUUCCAUCUCCAAUCAAUCCACGCCAACACCGCCACUGCUACCACUAUUAAAUAAAUCUAGGGCAAUCUCGAUAAAAGAUGUUAAUAAAUCAGCACAUGAAUAUUUCAGUCAAAGAGCAUUACAAAUGAAGACCAUACAUAGAGCUGAGCCUGAAACAGACAGCGAUCUAGCUUUUUUUCAAAGCAUGCUUCCAGAUAUGAAAUCAAUGACACCAGCCCAAAAACGAAGAUUUAAAAUGGGCGUUCUCAAUUUAUCAGAGCAAAUUUUAAAUGACCCAGUACCUAGUUAUCCUAGGACACAGCCGUAUUAUCCACGAACACCUUCUCGAGAGACAGAUUAUGAUCCUAAUGAAGGUGCAACCCAGCAGACUCUUACAUCCAGAGCUAAUACAAGUCCAGCACCUUCGUUUACCUCGACUCAGCAGACAGCUAAACAUACUGCAGCAGCUAACAAAAAUCCGGAAACUCAGCUGACUUUGAUAUCCGGAGAGUAUAUAAAUCCAGCACCACCGGCGGCAGUGGCUGUAAUUGAACAAAUAGCUGGGCCUUCAAGACACCGAACUUAUGAUGAGAAAGCUUAUUAUCAACUCAGCAUUUCAGAAUAUCAGCAAACGCGGACACCGGGAGCUUAUGAAAGAGCACAAUCCUUAGCACCUCCGGCAACUCCAACUACAUUAUGUUUGCCAAUAUUUUCACCAAUAACUCCAGCUACACCUCACCCGAAUCCAGAGACAUCUAUCCAAUCUCAUGAAGACGAAAUAAGUGAUUUUAAUGAGAACUAUCCAAUGCCUUGAACUUUAUUUAUAAAUGGCUCUUAGUGCGACAGCUAGCUUGAGUAGUCAUGUGCUGUCCCUGUCCGCAUGCGCUGAUUCUGUAUUGUGAGAUAAGGACAGCACAUGAUGACAGCUUGACAGAUACUCAAAUUAACUGUAACACUGAGAGCAAUUUAUAAAUACUAAUUGUAGCAAAGAUGCUAAACCAAAAACAUUUUCAAUGAAUAUUAUCUUUUGAUUUGUCAAUAAAAGUUUGAUCUGUAAAAAAUUGUUUCACUUACCUUAAAGUUAUCAGUAGUCUUUCUUCAGGGCUGAUUGGUUUUCUCCAAUUUGUAACUUGCUUCCGAAGUCCUUCUCUUACUUUUGACAAUACGAUAUGGUAACAUUCCAGUGACAUUUUAUAAACUGUGCGAAAACGAUCAGGAUAUUCAUAUAAUGUUUCCAUUAUUUUAUAGUACCUGUGCUCUUCUGCAUUUCUCCACACUGGAUGUAUCCAAUACCUUCUUGGUCUUUGCUGUAAAUUAAUAAUCUGUAGCAAAGCCAGUGCAUCUUCAUCUUCGUCUGAAGAGGAAUACAUGUCUUAUCCCGUCAAUAUCACGCUCUAUAAUGACUUAACUUGCCGUAUCGUCCCCGCGUCUGUUUGCGCAGAUAUCGCGCCUGCACCGUAUCUGCGCCGUGUCUGUACCGUACCUUCGUCUCGCCGUCUUCUAUUUGCGUUGCCCCAAA